CAACAAAGAUAAAACGACAUCACGGUGCACCCGGGUGAGGAAUCUGAACGCAGCCCUGUAUGUCGAUGGAAACGCCUGACCGAAACAUUUUAAGAACGUUUUAGAAUUGAAAAAUCUAUGCCCUUACCGCCAGACGCCAAUUUUGCUGUUUCAUGUUUACCGAGUUUUGACAAACUUCCGUUUCCGUUUGUUGCGUUAGCUGUGUUUGGACCGUUUGGACACGUGGCGUCAUACAUUCGUAUCAUUCGCAUCCUUUUCUGUUCAGAAGAAUAAAAAGAAACUGCGUACAUUGAAUUAAGCACUCUUAAAUUUCGAAAUUUGGCAUGUUAACUAUUUAAAAUUUAGGUAAGCAAUAAGUCUACGUCGCGAUAUUCGUGUUUUCCUUCUGAUAUACUGCGCCUUAAAAUAUUUUACAACAAUAAUAAUGGAUUCCAUUCAAGAGCUAUCAGCAUUGGAAGAGGAAGCUAGACAGCUAGAGAAAAAGCUAGAGAAAGAUAGAUUAAUAUUGAUAAAAAAGAAAUGGCACAUCGAACAAGAGAAGGAAAAGCAGCACAAUGAACGAAAGUUAAAAAUGAUUGAAGAAUAUGAAAAACAGCGAGCUAAAAAACGAAGAAUUGAAAACAAAAGGGAAUACAGAAACAGUAGUCCACAAAGUAUGCGAUACAGAAGCAGUGAUUCACGACAAAGUAUGCGAUACAGAAGGAGUAAUUCACGAGAAAGUAUGCGAUACAGAAGAAGUAAUUCACGAGAAAGUAUGCGAUACAGAAGGAGUAAUUCACAAGAACGUACGCGAUACAAAAGGAAUAAUUCACAAGAAAGUACACAACACAGAAGCAGUAGUUUACAACAAAUUAUGCAAUACGGAAGCAGUAGUUCACAAAACGAAGAUUUUUGCCCAAUAUUCAAAGGAAAUAAAAUAAGUCCAACUCGAGAGACACGAACAAUCACAUUUUCGCAAGAUAAAUUGGAGAAGCAGUUGUCAAAUAAGAAGACUACUUAUGGAGGAGAUACUUCUACUUAUGGAGGAGAUACUUCUACUUAUGGAGGAGAUAUUUCUACUUAUGGAGGAGAUACUUCUACUUAUGGAAGAGAUCCCAUAUACACAUAUAGAAGAGUUGAUAAAAAUUAUUGUUAUUCUAGUUCAUACAAGUCAAUCGUGCAUCGAGAUGAUCGAAGAGACAAUGAUGACAAUAGAUACAGUCACGACAGAAGACGAGGUAAGUUAGCAAAAAAAGAGAUAAAGAUAGAAGACAGCAUAAAGGAUAAAAACAGCAUAAAGGAAGAUAAAGAUACAAACGAAAGCAGAGGUACAAAUUCAUUGCAUGAAAGUAGCUGCAGUACAUCUGUUCAAAAUCAUUCAAGAUCUCAUCACAGAAGUAGAAGUCAUUUGACGACCAGUGAAGUUGGAGGAAGAAUCGACGACGGCAAAAAAAAAUUUUCAUCUGGAAGAAAUUAUAAUCCACCACGCGAAGAGUAUCGCGCAUCUUCAAGAUCAUCCAUGAAGUAUUCGAUUUCUAAUCCUGUAAUCUUCUACAAUCCCAGCAUGGAUUUACUCAGACCGAUGCAUGUACCGAUGCCGAUGCCGAUGCCGAUGCCGAUGCCGAUGCAGAUGCAGAUGCCGAUGCAGAUGCCAAUGCCGGAGCCCGGAAGACAGGCACCCAUACUUAUGCCCAUCUAUCCAAGAUUUUUAUCUGCGCCAUUUGCACCGCUGAAUAUGUAUCGAUGUAGACAACCUUCUCCUAGAUUUAACAAUGUCAGAGGAACUAGGACCAGUACUAAUCAAAACUAUAAGAAGAAUACAUUUUAAUUUUAAUAACACUCUUAAUAUGGAUGAAUAUUAUACAAUUGUUUAUCGUUUAUCACAACAAUUAUAUGUUUUAUCUAAAUUUUUGUAAUUUCUACAAUAUAUAGCGUACAUCCGGAAUUUUA